CCUCGCCUUGUCCGUCGGCCGCACCAUGGCCACCACAGACAACGAUGGCGGCUCAGUGUCAAAGGAGCUGGAGCGACUGCAGCGCGAGUAUCGGUACAUGGAGGUGGACCGCAAGUCGUAUGGCGACCUCUCGCAGAAUGUGAUCCGGAAGCAGCGGCAGACGAUUGAGCGGUGGAAGAAGGAGAACGAGCACCUGCGGUCGGAGCUGGCGGCGAUCGAGUCGCAGCAAGAGGCCGAAGAGACGGACGCAGUCAUGUCGGAGAAGCUGGACGAGCUCAACUCGCGGUGCGAGUUUUACGCAGGCAAGAUCGAGGCCGAGGAGGAGCGGAUGGAGACGCUGCGCUCACAGAUCAAGCUUCUGGAGCGCAAGAUCAAGGAGCAGCGCGAGGUCAUGGGUGGAGUCAACGCAGCCAUCUCCAACUCUCAGACGGUGGCCAAGCAGAUUCGGGUGUUGGAGAACAGGCUUGACAAGGCGCUGGUCAAGUUCAACUCUGCGCUCUCGCACAACAAGAAGCUCCGCGAGGAAAUCGACAACCUUCGCCGCGAGCGCGUCGUCUUUGACGGCAUCUAUCGCAAGCUCGAGAAGCAACUGGUGGAGAAGAAGAAGCGCAUGGCUGACAUCAUCGAGGUCUCCAACUCGGCGUACGACGCCCGCGACAUGGCGCAAGACAAGAUGAACCGCCUCAAGGAGUCGCACAUGCGUGCCAUGGCCCAGCUCGAUGCCGAGAUGAUGAACAUGAACCGCGUGCUCAAGUCGGAGCGCCGCGCCAAGAACUUUAUCGCCAUCAAGGAGCAGGAGCGCGCCAACACCGCGGCCGGCCGCCGGACACGCUCGCGCAAGAACGGCGGCGGCGGCGGGCGCGGCGGCGGCGGCGACGCCGCUGCAGGCGUCGCCGCCUCGGCAGCAGCCGCGCCCUGGGCCCAGCCCAAGCUCAAGUCGUCGACCGAGUCCAACGCAGAGAUCAUCCAGACGUACGAGGAGGCGUUUGACAAGAUCCAGGCCGCCACCCUCAUCUCAGACAUCGAUGAGCUCGUCUCGACCUUUAUCGAAGUCGAGGACCAAAACUUCUCGCUCUUCAACUUUGUCAACGACCUGCAGAACGAGACCGAGAAGCUCGAGGAGCAGAUUGCCGACCUCCGCGCAAAGAUCUCCGAGACCAAGACCGAGGGCGAGACGUCGGACGCGCAGCGGCGGCACCUGCUCAAGUCGCUCUCGCACAAGCUGGCCAAGACCGAGGCCCGCGCCGACCAGUACGAGUCCAAGUACAAGACCGCCCGCAAGGUCAUGAACAAUCUCAAAUCGGCCGUCCACUCUAUCUUCAACAAGAUCGGCUGCUCGUCCGAGGAGAUCAACGACGUGCUCGGCGACGCAGGCACCACCGACUCGAACAUCAUGCAGUAUCUCGCCCUCAUCGAGCGCCGCGCCGCAGAGAUCAUCCACGAGGUCGCCGCCCGCAAGCUCGCCGAGGAGGAUGCAGACGAUGACUACCACCGCUCCAAGCGUGGCGGCCUCGUCGCCAUCCUCUCGCAGCAGCGUGUCCCGCCUGGUGGUGACCGCAUCGUCAUCGCCGCCCCGUCGUCCAUGGGCGAUGUUGACGAGUUUGACGAGGAGUCGGACGAGGAGUCGCAGCGACCCUUUACCCGCGACGAGCUCAAGGCUCUCUCGCGCAAGGGCGCUACCAAGAAGAAGAACGAGCGGUCGCGCCGUCGGGGCGGCACCUCUCGCCGCCGUCGCCAGCAUCGUUGAGCUUGUCGACAUGAUGGUAAACAGAGCACAGGGGC